AUGUUCAACACAGCUUCCAGCUUCUCCUUUCUGAAAUUCCUGGUGGUGGCGGGUGUUGGUCUGUUUGGUGAUGGGUAUCUGAACCUGAGCAUUGGGCUUGCUGUUCCAAUGCUCGGAUAUCUCUACUUUCAAGAUGAGAAGAACAAGGUCCCUACUGUCCCGGCCGACGCGAUCAAAGCAUCGCUCUCCAUGGGCAUGAUCGUGGGCCAGAUCGGUUUCGGAAUCUUUGGCGAUGCCCUAGGCCGCCAUAGAAUCUACGGCAAAGAGCUCAUAGUGACAAUACUUGGUACCUUUUUGGUUAUCUUGAUGCCGUGGAAGGGCUUCUCGCACCAUGAUGUUAUUGCGUGGAUGUCUGUGUUUCGAGUGGUGACGGGAAUUGGCAUUGGUGGAGACUAUCCAAUGACCUCUUCAUUGUCCGCCGAGCACAACCCCAUGCACUCCCGAGCGAAAUUGGUCCUGACAGUGUUUGCCUCUAUCGGUCUUGGAGGCAUGACCUCGGGCAUAGUCUACCUCGUCCUACUGGCUGCCUUCAAGUCGUCUGUCAAUGACAACAUAUAUCAUCUGCAGUGGGUGUGGAGAUUGCUGUUCGGCAUAGGACUUGUGCCCCUCAUCAUCACAUUAUAUUUCCGCUUGACCAUGCCCGAAAGCAAGCCCUAUCGACAAUGUGAGCACGGCUUCAGCAGCUUAGGGGUAAAUGCUAAUACAUCCCUGAAAAAGGACGGCAAACGAGGUCUUCGCGAACAAUUCCGAGAUUUCAGGGAGUAUUUCUCGGAAUGGAGGCACGCCAAAGUCCUGUUUGCUGUCAGCAUGUGCUGGUUUCUCUUUGACAUUGCUUUCUACGGAGUCAACCUCAAUCAGAGCAUCGUGCUUUCGAGGAUUGGAUACGGCAAAGGACCCACCCCGUGGCACACCCUGUGGAAUACUGCCGUUGGCAACAUUAUCGUAGCGGCUGCGGGAUAUCUCCCAGGCUACUACAUCGGAAUCUUCCUGCCCGACUGGAUCGGCCGCGUAAAGCAACAGUUCUACUGCAGCGCCCUCGUCGCCGUCCUGUACGCCAUCUGGGCCGGCGUUCUCAACCACAGCUCCACCGCUGGCCUAGUGACACUAUUCACACUUUCGCAGCUCGUCCUUAAUAUGGGACCCAACUGCACCACCUUUCUCAUCCCUGUUGAGGUCUUCCCGACCCGCGUCCGCGGCACGGCGCACGGUAUCGCCGCAGCUUCGGGCAAGGCGGGCGCAAUGGUGACGGCGUUUUCCUUUGGCUCGCUCACAGACGCCAUUGGCCUGCCUGCUGUUCUUGGCAUCCUAUCCGGGGUCAUGGCCCUCACGGCCUUGUGCACACUGUUGAUUCCCGAGACCAAAGGCCGGACCCUUGUCGAGAUCGAACAGGGCGUCAUUUAUGGCGUCAAAACCAGCAGCACUGAGAGUGGCACUCCGAGCGAAGGCCUGUCUCCGGAACUGGAAGGGAAGACAAAAGUCCAUGUGAACGCCGAUGGCAAGGGCAGGGACCUCGAGUCCAUGUGA